AUGUCCUUAUUGGACUUCUGGGAUACGAAAAGGCCAUCUGUAAAGCGCAGAAAACUUACACCUGACGGUUCUACGCCGCAAAUAAAGCCAGAACCUGAAAGCGCGAAAGCAUCUGAAAACUCUCUAUCAGACGAAACUCUAGACGUCAAGCUCGAGAACUCAAUACCUCUCACCUCGGCCGAUGAAGGACCGUUGAAUGAUGACGAGGGCGCCGUCCCAAGCAGCCAGACAGACCUUGAGUUUUCCCUCCCUACUGUCGAAACUGAGGGUCAAGCGAUAGAAGAGUAUGAAUCCUCACAGAAAGCAGAGGACGGGGAGGAAGAGGAAAUAUCACUGCAAGAGAGAAUGCGAGAUGGUAAAUGGCGAAAGGGAAAAAGCUCGAUCUAUGUGGACGCAUUCAAUCUUGCGCUGGACACCGUGCUAGCUGAGGAGGCACACCUCUUCAGUGAAACGGAGAAGGAGGUGUUUCGCCACUGGAGAGGAUUGUCAUAUGAAUCUCAGUAUCUAUAUGUCCGCCUCUUUCUGCGCAAGACUUCUGCGUGGCAUCGCGUUGGCAAGCUAGGCUAUUAUUCCGACAUUGCUGAUGUCCCGCAAGUUGUAGUAGACAUACAGAAGACUAGAGCUUUGUCCGUACCUACUCCUUCGGAUGAGAAGAACUCGCCGGAUACAUCAUCUCCAAUCAUUUUGGGCUCGAGUGGAGGGUUUCGCUUUGCUGAUACAGUCGAUCAGAUUACAACAGUGGAAGAGGCAUCCUCACUGCUACUGCUUGAUGAGUUAAAGACCCUCGCAAAAGAAACCAAGGUACAAGGAAAGUCUAAGCAGGAGUUGAUAUCAGCUUUACACAAGUCAAGCCAAAAGCAAACAGGGCUUGGAUGGAAUAACAACUCAAUCACUCCAAACCGCGAAGAGCACUUUGUUAAGAAAAUCCUGGACUACACGGGGGAUUGUAUACGACUUUCGUCCGGUCCUUAUGAACUCUUCGAGCGAGUCCACCUCGUCUUUUAUCGAUCAACGGAGUGGACAGAGAAAUCCCUCACCACCAUUAUUCUUGCAAAGAUAUCUCGCCGGAACUUCCCUGAAUAUGUCGUCUGCCGGUCGAAUUCAAUAUUUCCAUUUAGAGAGAUGCUCUUAGAAUUCGAAUCUGCACUACGGACUCAGUUCAGGAUCGACAGUGUGCUCGAGUUCAGCGGCACACCAACUAGAGAACGGCUAGAGGAGAUUAGAGACCUCGCAUAUAAAGUUUAUCCUCGUUGGAAGACUCUUCUCGAGCAAGAGCAGCAAAAAGAGGACACCAUAUACGAAUGUGGAGAAGGCGCAUAUCUACGCCGUUUCUCGCCUGCUUGGGUAUACACUAGAAUUCUACAUAAGGGGCUUCAUCCUCUCGGGCGUUUUAAAGAGUAUAAAGAGGAGCACGGGAUUUUGUCCGAAUUACUUGCCCAGCGGCUGUUCCAUCCUGCCAGGCGCGGUGCUUGGUAUCAACGCAAGGCUCUCUUAGAAGAACACUACAUGUGGAACCUAACACCACCGGAAGGCCGUAACGAGGAAGCCCAGAAGAAGCAUUGGAAGCGCGUUGCGCUGCGUACAUGUGAAGAAGGCCUCGAAGAUCCAUCCUGCCACUUGAUCUACCAUUAUGACCUCCAGAAGCGAAUUCAGAAGCUAGAGAAGGCACUCAAGGUCGUUAAACGAGAACAGCAUGACUUCGGCCAUGUUACGUUGGCCAAACCCGAAGAACGUACAGUUGAGGGCAUCCAGAUUGAACGAGAGGAUUCACCUGUCCGAAAUGGGUCCGCCAACACCAACAACGAUGAUGCGCCUACGCCCAAACGCAGCGGGCCCACCGUCUGGCUUGACGAACGCGAAGACGGAUCCGAAUGCAGAGUCGAAGACAUGUGUCUCAGCUGGUACCGGGACCAGGGUUGGAAGGGGUAUCACUCUGAGGGUGGGAUUAUUCGCACCCUGUUCGCCUACCUCUUCUACGACAUAAUCUUCACCUACAUCCCGAACGUCUUCCAAACCAUCUUCCAAACCUGCCCCCUAGACCUCCACACAGACGCCUUCUACCCCUCGCGCGCCUCCGAAAUAAACCACCGGCUCGUUCAAAUAACCAACGGCGAAGCCCCCUCCCUCAUCCGCGCCGUCCACAUCCAGCACUCCGCCCUGCAACCCUGCGCCAUCGGGCUCGACUGGUCCUUCCCUUUGGACGACCUGCUCGAGAUCGCGACCUGUUUCCGUGGCGAGGCUCUUGCGACGAUAUGCAAGAUCAUGGCGCAGGAGUAUCAGGCCCGGGGCGGCGGCGUGCCGGAUUUGAUGCUAUGGAGGAUGGAUACCAAGGAGGUGCGCUUUGUGGAGGUUAAAAGUGCGAAUGAUCGGUUGAGUGAUACCCAGCGGCUUUGGAUUCAUGUGCUUAUGGGGGCUGGUGUUAGGGUUGAGCUUUGUAAUGCGGUUGCGAGGGAGGUUCGGAGGGUUUGA